AUGAAGCUCCUCUACCCGACCUCCCUGCACAUCGACACACAGUCCCUGGAAGGCUUCAGUGUCGAAUUGCACCCCUACGAUGUUACACAACCCAUUCCCGAAUCCCUAAUCGACGCCGAGUUCCUAGUAACAUGGAGCAACAAAGCCACGAACCUCAGCGACGCAGCCUCCCGCAUGAAGAACCUCCGCUGGAUCCAGUCGCUAGCAGCCGGUCCAAACGACGUCCUCAAUGCAGGCUUCGAUGCCUCCCGCAUCGCUAUCACAACCGGCUCCGGUCUGCACGAUGAAACAGUCGCUGAACACACUCUCGGCAUGCUCCUCAAUGCUGCCCGUCGCUUCUAUGAAAUGCGCGACUACCAGACACGCGGCGAGUGGCCCGGCCAUCUGGGCGGCGCCCAGCCUGAUCGUGCCCCUGGCACUUUUCGUACCCUCAAGGGUGCUAAUGUUACUGUUUGGGGAUUCGGAAAUAUUGCUAAGGCCCUCGCGCCUGUGCUGACCGCGCUCGGGGCUAAUGUUACCGGUGUUGCGCGGAGUGCGGGUGUGCGCCAUGGAUUCGAGGUUGUUGCGGAGGAUCGCUUGCCAGAGAUCCUGGCGAAGACUGAUGCGCUUGUUAUGAUUUUGCCUGGGUCUGCGAGUACCAAUGGCGCGCUGAGCGCUGAUCGCUUGGCGUUGCUACCAAGUCACGCUUGGGUUGUUAAUGUUGGUCGGGGCAAUUCUGUUGAUGAGGAUGCGCUGCUUGAGGCGCUUGAGAAGGGGAGCAUUGGUGGUGCUGCGUUGGAUGUUUUCUCUACUGAGCCUUUGCCCCAAGAGUCCAAGCUUUAUGCCGCGCCUAAUCUUAUCCUCUCGCCUCAUGCUGCUGGUGGACGGCCGCGUGAUGCUGAGGCCCUUAUUGCGUAUAACUUGAGACGAAUUCUUGCUGGGCAGGAGUUGAAGAAUAUUAUUUGA